GCCUCACUGACUGGCUCUAUAGAAAUCUCUCUCUCUCUAUCCAUCUAACCUCUCCUCCUCUGUAUCCAUGGACUACAGUGGCUAAAUGGAAAGAUAAAGACUUUUAAGAAGAAGUGUGUUUGUUUAGUUUUUGUCAAUCUAUGGAUUUCUACGUAUAUUUUUAUGAUGAAUCUACUUCACCAAGUCAACAGUGAUUUGUAUUCAGCUGCAUGGAUUUUCUUCUCCAUCCUGGAUACCUGAUUCUCAGUUCCAGCUCUGACUUUUUCCUCUGAAUCUCAGAUCAGGGCUUUGGUAUGAGUGGUGUGGUUUUAGGCACCAGAGUUAAUGCAGACUGCUGAGGGUGUUCUCUGAGGUUCUCUGAGGUUCUCUGAGGUUUCUAGUAACAUCUUCUGGUUCCCGGGGAUCUCCGUAGGUCAACACCAUCCUUGUUUUUCUCUGAUUCCUCUCUUACCUCUUGUUCCGGGCAGAGGUGACACAGACUGUUGAGGGGUGACUGCUAAAGUCUACCUGGUGGUACCCUCCCUUAGAUCCAGAGGGACCUCUCCACCCCUCCACCUUUCCCCCUACAUUCCCUUCGUCUCACAUGCUGGUCCCUCUCUCACCAUGUUCACCAGGAUCUUCAUCCCCAAGAAGCACCGACAGCGGUUUGACGAGGCCGUGUCCCAGAGCUUGAUCCAGAAGAUCUGUCGCAGUAAGAGCAUUAGCGAGCCGGGCCGGCAGGGCCGUCUGAGACGUAGCCGCAGCGAGGACCACCCUGACCGCCACCACGGCUCCAAACGGGCCAGCUCAGUACCUCGGGAUCCUGGGGAGGACAGAGGGGGACAGGAGAGAGGAGAGAGCGGGUACAGGAAGUCCACGUUGGGCAAACCUGGGCAUCAAUCAGAAGCCAAUCAGAGCCUCCGUGCUCCCCCCAGGACAGUGAGGGUUUACAGAGGGAAGAAGAGUUUUGGGUUCACCCUGAGAGGCCAUGCCCCUGUCUGCAUCGACUCUGUCAUCCCAGACAGCCCCGCUGAAGACUGUGGUCUCAAACCGGGCGACCGCAUCCUUUUCCUCAAUGGGCUGGACAUGAGAAACUGUUCCCAUGAGAAGGUGGUGUCCAUGCUGCAGGGCAGUGGGGCCAUGCCCACCCUGGUGGUGGAAGACGGACCCUCUGGUUACUCCCACUCUGACCAGAGUGACCAGGAAGACUCUCCCACAGGCCUUGCCCCUGCCGUGGCCCCCAGGUCCCGCUCCCGCUCCCCGGUCCCCCUCUGCUCCCUGCAGUGGGUGGCUGAGAUCCUACCCCCCAGCAUCAGGGUCCAUGGUCGCACCUUUAGCCAGCAGCUGGAUCAUCUCCUGACGGUGCAGGAGAGAUACACCAUCUGCAAGUCCCUGGAGACCUUCUUCCAACAGAGGAACGUGGACACCCUGAUUGUUGAUGUGUUCCCGGUGUUGGACACUCCAGCCAAGCAGGUGAUCUGGCAGUUCAUCUACCAGCUGUUGACCUACGAGGAGCAGGAACACUGUCAGAGCAAGAUUUCACGCUUCCUUGGUUUUAAGACUGCAGGGAACCGUAAAUCAGGUCUGUCUCUGACAUGGAAGGAACCUCUGCCCGACCCUCUGUAUGAGUUCUACCACGGGGGAACCAUCCCCUCUCCGGGCAGCGCUGACUCCAACCCCUAUGUGAGCCUGGAGAGCCCGCCUCCAUCCCCCCAGAACUCUGACGACCCCACCAGCCCCCUGUCCAGACGCAGGAAGCUUUUCACCUUCUCCAGACCCCCCCGGAGCAGGGACACUGACAAGUUCCUGGACGCUCUGAGCGAACAGCUGGGACACCGUGUCACUCUGGUGGAAGACUUCCUCCCUGGAGAGAAUGACUAUGAGGAGAUGAGUUUCCAGGAUGAGCAGGAGGUGAGCUACCUCCCCCGCCAGCUGAGCAGUGCCAGCAGUGAGGACAUCAGCAGCAACGAUGAGGCCACCUCCCUCACCUACUCCUCCGGGUCAGAACACAUCCCCAUCCCCCCACCCCCGCAGAGCGCCCCGCCACCACCGCCCUUGCCCACCCCCUUACCCCCGCCACCCUUCGGCUUCUCCGACCCCCUCCCCAUUACCCCUGUCCUCUCCCACUUCUCCCCCGAACACAUCCCCCGGGCGCGCAUGUCCUUCCAGCCGCAGCACCCCAUCAUCCCCCCUCCCCCGCCUCCUCCACGGGCCUUCAUGUACAACAGGCCGUCCCUACACAAGGUGCUGCCAACCAGAGAUGAGCUACAGGGCUGUGUCCACCACCAGGCUACUCAGAUGACUCUCCCCCUGGGCCCUCGCUACUCUCCCCAGCCCUCUCGCCCCAGGAACCUGCCCCGCCAGGCCAGCCAGCCUCAGCCCCUGACCCAGCCCAUCCUGUGUCCCCAGCCCUCCCCUCAGCCCAACAGGCAAAGCCAGCUCGCCCUCCAGAGGCACCACCAGCUUCACCACCAGCCCUACCAGCCCCAGCUGAGCCACAGCCUUCCCCCUAAAGCCCCUCACCUGUCCCAGCCCCAAAGUCACCCUCCCCAGCCCCCUCACUCACAGACCUAUGAGACCCCCAUCUCAGUGUCAGAACUCCAGAAACACAAGGUCCCCCCACCACCCCCUCCACCACUGCCGCCCCCCUGCGAACCGCCUCCGCUGCCCAAUUCCAGUCCCUGUGCUGGGGACACCAACCACAUGAGUGUGAAGAGACUGCGCUGGGAGCAGCUUGGAGAGGACCCCGACUAUGACAAACUGAGUGACAUGGUGAAGUAUCUCGAUCUAGAGAUGCAUUUUGGUACCCAACGGAGUUCCAAGCCAGCCUUCCUGCCCGAGAGCUUUAAAAAGAAAGACGUGGUGGAGAUUCUGUCUCAUAAGAAAGCCUACAAUGCCUCCAUCCUGAUCGCCCACCUGAAGCUGUCUCCAGGUGAGCUGCGCCAGGUGCUGAUGACUAUGAGCACAGACAGACUGGAGCCGGCCCACAUCAAGCAGCUGCUGCUCUACGCCCCCGAUGACCAGGAAGUCAAACAGUACCAAUGCUUCGACCAGAACUCCGCCAAACUCAGUGACCCUGACCAGUUUGUCCUGCAGAUGCUGAUGGUCCCUGAGUAUAAGACUCGUCUGCGGAGCCUCCAUUUUAAGACAGCCCUGCAGGAGAAGACAGAGGAGAUGAAGGCUGGAUACGAAUGGAUCUACAGGGCCUCGAUAGAACUCAGGAGCAGCAAGAAACUGGCCAAGAUCCUCGAGUUUGUGCUGGCAAUGGGGAAUUACCUGAACAAUGGUCAACCCAAGACAAACAAAACCACUGGCUUUAAGAUCAACUUUCUCACUGAGCUCAGCACCACUAAAACGGUGGAUGGUAAAUCCACCUUCCUCCACAUUCUUGCCAAAUCGCUAUGCCAACACUUCCCAGAACUGUUGAACUUUGCCAGGGACCUCACAACCGUGCCACUCGCAGCCAAAGUGAAUCAGCGUAUGCUGACAGCUGAGCUGGCUGACCUUCACUCCACCAUCCAGGACAUCAGGACAGCCUGUCAGAAGAUCCCAGCCACGGCCGAGGAUCACUUCGCUGCCGUCAUGAGUGGUUUCCUGGAGAACAGUCACCCAGCGGUUCAGUCUCUGGACUCUCUGCAGCUGAGAGCCAUGGACGAGUUCACUAAGGUGGCCUCGUACUUCGGAGAGGACAGCAAGGUCACCUCCACUGAGGCCUUCUUCGCCAUUUUUGCUGAGUUUACUUCCAAGUUUGAGAGAGCACUGAAUGAGACCCAGGCCACUGAGAACCCCUGCAGCCCCAGAGUGCCCUCUCCCCUGGCCUGGUAGAGACUGGAUAGCUCCUCUGCUCUCCUCAACCAAAGUGCCAAGACAACACAAAGAAACAGUCACAACUACUGGGACACAAACAACAUGAUCUUCAACACUGCGGAAUGCCGUAGGGCCAGGAGUUCUUCCUGACCAUGUGAUCUGACCAAAAGAACUCUCAUCCAAAGGGUUCAGAGUUUCUCCUGGGAAGGUCAAGUAGCUCUAUAUGUUCAGAUAACAUGAGUAUAUAUUUUAUAUUGGAUUGUAUUAAAUUGAAAGUAUAAUGAAAUUGUAAAGAUAAAGCAUAGAUGUACUGCCAAAAUAAAGGAAACACCAACAUAAAGUGUUUUAAUAGGGCGUUGGGCCACCACGAGCCAGAACAGCUUCAAUGCACCUUGGCAUAAAUUCUACAAGUUGUUAUAACUAUAUUUUGAGGGAUGCUACACCAUUCUUCCAUGAGAAAUUCCAUAUUUUGGUGUUUUGUUGACGGUUGUGGAAAACGCUGUCUCUGGUGCUGCUCCAGAAUCUCCAAUAAGUAUUCAAUUGGGUUUUGAUCUGGUGACUGAGAGUGACACAUACACACACACACACUUUAGCCAUGGUAGUCGUAAUAAUGGGCAACUGGGAAUUUUUGUACAUGACCCUAAGCAUGAUGGGAUGUUAAUUGCUUAAUUAACUCAGGAACCACACCUGUGUGGAAGCAUUUGCUUUCAGUAUACUUUGUAUCCCACAUUUAUUCAAGUGUUUCCUUUAUUUUGGCAGUUACCCGUAUAUGUAAAUAACCAUGACAUUUUAGAUGGCUGAUAGUCAGACGUAUAUGAAUUUUAUCUAGAGCUGAGCGCUAUUUUUACAGAUGGACUUGAUCUGCCUACAACAGAAACACAUAAUCACUGCCUCGUAGAUUGUGAUGAUAGAACGCAGUAUAAACCUAUCUUGAAGCAUUACAUUGGCAUGACAAACGUACUGUGAAUUGUUAUUACAAUAUUUAGAGGCUUUCUGGUGCCAAUGUAAUUGCAGUCAUCCUAACAUUUGGUAUUUCAAAACUUGCUCUGGGCAGGGGCAACAAAAAUAAUACCACUCUCCUAAGUGUUUUAAAAGUGUUUUACAGUAUGAGGAGCAUACAUGAAAUAUGAGGGUUAACCCACUGGGGCUAAUAUAUGAAUAGCUGCUAACUGAAAGACAUCAAUCCAUGUUAGCAUUGAGUGGUCCAGGUGGAUCUUGCGGUCACUGGGGUUGUUACUGAUGAACCAUCCAUUCCACUGCCAUAACUUUCACCUUGUCAACAGUCUUGUUUUAGAACAAAUAUUCACUGUUUGCUAGUGUGCAUUUAAAGCUGUUUUGAAUGUAUUUCUUGCGUUUCUACUUUCCCUCCAUAAUUCCUUUUCACAUAUACAUUUCAGUCAGAGCUGCCAUCAUGAAAAUACAAACAUAUUGAUUUACAGACCUGUUGUACCAGGCAGUGUCAUCAUGUUAAAAAUGACUGUUACAUAUUUAAAUCUUGCCACAAGUGCAGUACAGUUUUAUGACAAGCAUUUGCAUGUUGCUGUCUAUAGGUGUUGUUUUGUGUUAAAAUGAUUGUACAUCUGGAUUUGUUUACUUUUAUUGUAUUCUCACAAGUUGGGUCUAAAAUGUAGACCUAUUAUAACUCUAGAUCAAGUUUGUUAAUGUAUUUAAAUGUUCAUUUUGUAUAGCCUAAGUGUGUUUUGUCUAUGUUUUCAUUGAUAUUAAUGGAGUACUUUGUAUAGUUCAAAAAGUAUUGACUUUUUAUGUUG